ACGGUGAGAUUCGUGCCAUUGCGCAUCGUCAGCUGGUAGUGGCAGGACGCGCGAUCGUUCUCGUCUUGCAUUGUCUUGGCACGGUCGGCCCCAAUAGACACGCGCGUGUGUGAUCUGAGUGUUCUAAUCGUUUUAUUGUAAGUGAUUGUACGCGAUACUAGGGAGAGCUUUCCGAGUGCGACACGCCGCACACCGUUUUGCUGUGCGUGUGAGUGCCGCCAGUGGUGCUGUUUGUGGCUGAAUGGCGAUUUAAAGCACACGCGCUCUCCGACGAUCGCCAACGAUCAGAGGCGUCGUUAUGCAAUGGGGCGGCAUUAGGGAAGUUGCGUCGAAGAAGUGAUCGAGCGUAGACCGGUGGAACUGAGCUUCGAUUCUUGUCGAUCAGCAACGUCCGGUCAGCAUACAGGAAAGUGAAGACGCGAAUCGCACGUAGUGAGUUGCAGUGUAAUGUGAUGCAACUAGAAUGGCCUUUGGUAGUUGGCGAAUGUCGUUAAGCAUCGAAAGUACAUUGCAGAUAUUGUGCACGUGUUCGAGCAAGUGUUUACAUUGAAUCAAUAAUACAGUGCUUGGUGUUAUAUUCGUACGUGGAGUGUGAUCAGAAUGGCGUUGGUGAACUAUACGCUGCCGUUCGGCAAUAUACAGCCCCCGACAUGGGCUACCGCGAGUCCGUUGCAAAAUCAGCACGCCUCGGCUGUGAACAACCUGCUGUACGGGCCCGCCGGACAUCAGGGCGAUGAUCAGGACUUUUACAAAAAUGCCCCAUACGCUCCACCGCAGCGGCAAUCAAAGCAAUCUCCUCAGCAGCAGCAGCAGCAACAUUCUAUUCAGUACCGACAAACGCCCCGGAACAACUAUUUGCCUCCUCCAUCGUACAUCCCGCCCAGUGCCGCCUAUCCGCAGGCACCGACACCACCUCCACAGCAAACACAGCAACCCCUGGGUCGGACGUACGGCGAAGGAUCGUACGCGGACGGUGCCGGUAGCCCACCGAACCCGGCCGGAGUUCCACAGCAACCGCAGCAACAACCACCGGCACAGCAACCGGCGUACUACGAGUACUCGUCCGGCAGUUACGCGACCCAGCCCGGCCGUCCGUUUACGGAACAGCACGCAAACCCACAGACGGGUACGAGCUAUCGCAGCAAUCCACCGCAACCGGCAGGUCCACGGACGGCCGGCAGUCAGGGCAGUGCUACCGGGAGCUACCCGCAGCGGCCACCGGUGUACGCUAGCGUGGGGUCCACCGGGACCCGCACCUCGAUACAUCCGGUGCUGGACUACGACGAGGAGGAUGAUGACGAUUACUACGACGAGGCGGUGGAGGUGACUCCGAUUGUUGGGAUCUCAGAUAACCGAAAAAACUCUCGCAUGCCAACAGUCACACCGAUCCAGGGGCCCAUAUUUAUAAAGAAUGGGACCGUUCCUGUUGUGCCAUUAUUCGCGUAUCCUCAAGUCAGCAAUGGAACGUUCAUCCAAAUACCGAUAUGGUGGACAGCUUUAUCCGUCGCGCUCGGGCUCAGCAUUCAUGGAGAUGUCAUCAGAGGUGUUCCUUGCAUAAAGAAGUACCAUCAACUGUUCUGUCCGACGGCGGGCAAUACCUAUCCUAGUGACAAAAUUGAGAUGUUCAUCGACGAGAACAAAGCACUAAUGAAGCGAAUGUACGGUGACUUCGAGAUGGCAUCACGGUUUCCGUCGUCCCCGGGGCGGAAACGCAAGCGGAGCGCACCGGGGCCGGAUCCCUACGGUGAGGAUGACGAGUUUACGCUACUGCCGGAACUGAUGGAUCUGUACGGGGAGCCGGGCGGUGAGGUGCGGCUUGGUGGCGAUUCGUACUUCAGCAAGCUGCGCAAGAAACGUCAAAAUCAGAACACCAGCUCCCGGGGUGGUGCGAGUGGUGGAGGACGCGGUGGCGGAUCCAGUGGAGGAAGUACCAACGCCCGUCAGACAGCAACUCCGGCCAACGGGAAUGGAGCGGGCAGUACGAGCGGUGAAUCCAACACGGGCAGGGUUGAUGCCUGCGAGUCGAAGAUCGAGAUAGUGACGCCAUACUGGGCGACGAAUUCUGCCGGCAAGGUGCGCGCCAUCGUCAACACGCAGCACUUUGAGCAGGCGAUCCACCAGGAAGUGUGUUCCAAAACCCAAACGAACCGUUGCUCCGGGGACUGUGGCUGUGAGCAGAAGUACAAAUGGCACCGGCUGCUAGCGUACGAUCCGGACAACGAUUGUAAGGGCAUCUUUAUGGAUUGGUUCCUGUUUCCGUCCUGCUGCGUCUGCCGGUGUAAUCCCUAGUAGCGGAUCACUUGCGAUCCGCCGAUCUUCACGCCGAGGACACCAAAUUUGAAGAGAUUUUUUCAUAGCAUCCCCCAUUUUCCCCCGCUCCCAAGUAGGCUGCUGUACUUUUUAAUUACCAAUUUUGUCACAAUUCUAUUUUCCUGUGUAAGCAAACCACCACCGGCAAGAGCGCAACGAGCUUGUUGUGUGCCCUUUUUCUAUUCCUUUUUUAAUGCUGUGUGCGAUUUAUGUUUAAAGUAUCAACUAUCCGAUUUAUUCUGCUCUCAAGCAUAACAAUAAACACGUGGAAACUACUUACCACCAUUGAAAGAUAA